AAUCGGGCAUAAAGCCGUUGUGUUGUCAGACAGAAGAAAAGAGAGAUUUUUGUUUUUUUCAAUUUGGGAAAUUAGGGUUCCAAAUUGUUGUUGUUGUUAGUUUCAAUUUCAAACUAUGUUCACGCCACAGAAGAAACAGUGGAUGUCACCGGCGAUGACGACGCCGAGAAGCGAGAAGCACAAAAUCGGCGGUGUUACUAACCCAAGGACCGAUGAUGACCUUGUAAUUUCGACUCUUCCGCCGCUUCCGAUUGGAUCACUCACCGGAGAAGUCGUUUCUCGAGUUCAGGUUGAUGAUACGACGGAUAUGGGUGAUUGGAGAAGGUUUAGGGAGGUGGGUUUGUUGAAUGAGGCUUCGAUGGAGGAGAAAGAUAGAGAAGCUCUUCUUGAAAAGGUCUCGACGCUCGAAAAAGAGUUAUAUGGCUACCAGCACAAUAUGGGGCUUCUUCUCAUGGAGAACAAAGAGUGGGCUUCGAAGCAUGAACAGCUUAAUCAGGCAUUCCAAGAAGCUCAAGAAAUCCUUAAAAGGAAACAGUCGUCACAUCUCUAUGCGUUGACGACUGUCGAACAACGUGAAGAAAACUUGAGAAAAGCCUUGAGUCUUGAAAAGCAAUGUGUGGAAGAGCUUGAAAAGGCUCUUCGUGAAGUUCAAGAAGAGAAUAGCGAGACAAGGCUCACUUCUGAAGCUAAAUUAGCUGAAGCAAACGCUCUGGUUGCUAGUGUUAACGGGAGAUCUUCAGACGUGGAAAACAAGAAUUACUCUGCCGAAAGCAAACUCGCAGAGGCAACUAGAAAGAGCUCCGAGCUGGAAAUGAGAUUGAAGGAAGUGGAGACUCGUGAAAGUGUUCUGCAACAAGAGCGUGUUUCAUUUGCUAAAGAGCGAGAAUCAUAUGAAGGGACUUUCCACAAGCAAAGAGAGUACCUUCAUGAAUGGGAGAAAAAGCUUCAACAAAAGGAAGAAUCAAUGUCUGAGCAAAAAAGAAGCCUGAAUCAAAGAGAGGAAAAGAUUAAUGAAAAAGAAAACAAACUGAAGCUGAAAGAAAAGGAACUUGAAGAAUCCAAUAAAAAAGUUCAUUUGUCUAUGUCUAAGUGUAAGGAAAGCGAAGAGGACAUAGCUAAACGAUUAGAAGAAUUGACUACAAAAGAGAAUGAAGCUCACAUACGCCACAGUGUGCUAGUGAAAAAGGAAAAGGAGUUACAAGCAUUUGAUGAGAAGCUCAUUGCUAGAGAAGGGACAGAAAUUCAAAAGCUUAUUGAUGAUCAGAAAGAGGCAUUGGCUGCUAAGAUGCUGGAAUUUGAAGUGGAAUGUGCGGAAAGAAGAAAAUCUCUCGACAAGGAACUCCAAAGGAAGAUAGAAGAACUUGAACGAAAGAAAGUUGAAAUUGAUCACAGUGAGGAGAAGCUCCAGAAAAGGAGUCAAGCAAUGAAUAAGAAGUUUGACCGAGCGAAUGAAAAGGAGAUGGACCUCGAAGCAAAGUCAAAAACUAUUAAAGAAAAAGAAAAAAUCAUACAAGCUGAGGAGAAAAAGUUAAGUUUGGAAAAGCAACAGUUGCUUUCUGAUAAGGAUAGUCUGGAAGACUUACAGCAAGAAACUGAAAAAAUCCGAUCUGAGAUGAUGAAAAAGGAGGAAUGGAUCCAAGAAGAAUGCAAAAGUCUUGAAAUCAAGAAAGAAGAGAGGGAAGAAUACUUGAGACUGCAGUCCGAACUCAAGUCCCAGAUAGAGAAAUGUAGACUCCAUGAGGAGUUUCUUUCUAAGGAAGUUGAAAAUCUGAAGCAAGAGAAAGAGAGAUUUGAAAAGGAGUGGGAAAUAUUGGAUGAAAAGCAAGCAGAAUACAGUAAAGAGCAACUAAGAAUGUCUGAAGAAAAAGCAAAGUUUGAGAGGUUUCAACAGCUGGAAGGAGAAAGAUUGGAAAAAGAAGAGAGUGCUUUGAGGGUACAGAUAAUGCAGGAAUUGGAUAAUAUUAGACUGCAGAGGGAAUCAUUUGAAGCCAAUAUGGAACAUGAACGCUCAACUUUACAUGAAAAAGCCAAACUUGAGCAAUCUAAGGUGAUUGAGGAUCUUGAAAUGAUGAGAAGGAAUCUUGAAAUUGAACUUCAGAAAAGGAAAGAACAAGACGAGGAAGAUCUACAAACCAGACUGACUGAGUUCGAGGACAAAAGAAUGAAAGAGCUUAGUGAUAUCAAUCACCAGAAGCAGGCUUUGAAUAGGGAGAUGGAAGAAAUGGUGUCCAAAAGAAGUGCUCUCCAAAAGGAUAGUAAAGAGAUUGCAAAGCACGAAAAGAAACUGAAAGAGCAGCAAUUAGAGAUGCAUAAUGACAUCACUGAACUUAGUACACUCAGCACCAACCUCAAGAAACGUAGGGAAGUGUUUGCCCGUGAAAGAUCUCGCUUUCUAGCAUUUGUUCAAAAGCUCAAGGUAUGUGGGAAUUGUGGGCAACUGGCGAAUGAGUUUGUACUCUCUGAUCUCCAACUACCAUAUAAUGAAGAAGAAGCUAUACUACCACCUAGUAGAGUUCUGAGUGAUCUUCCAGGGAGCUCUGAUGCGUCUGACUCUUGUAAUAUUAAGAAAUCUCAAGACGGAGAUGCCUCUGGAAGUGGGGGAUCUAGAAGGCCCAACAUGUCGUUACUGCAGAAAUGCACUUCAAUAAUUUUCUCACCAAGUAAAAGAGCUGAACAUGGGAUUAACACAAGCAAGUCUGACCAGCGUCCAUCUUCCUCAGUGGCAGUUAAUAUGGAAACAAAAUGUGAAAAGCCUCCGCCAAUUGAUCUUCAACCACUUCCAUCUAGUAGCUCAAUUCCGGAGGAGGAUGAGGAAUAUACAGACAGUAGAGUACAAGAAAUUUCUGAGGGUUCUCAGCUGUCUGAGCUUCAAAGUGCGAGGCACGGACGUGGCAGACCUAGAAAAACCAAAGCUCCUUUGAAUCAUAAAAGUUCGGUCAAGCAUGCAGGCCCUGAAGAAUCAUUUAAAGAUGAAUUGAGUGGUCGUGUGUCUGUUACUAGCGAGAAGACAGCAGGUGGAGGUGGAAGGAAAAGACAGCAUAUUGAGGAUACUGCUACGGGUGGACAACGCAAGAGACAACAGACAGUUGGUGUCUUACCACAAACCCCUGGCCAAAGACGCUACAAUCUGAGGCGGAACAGGACUGUAGACCAAGAUCCAGCAGAUGUUGAAGAUAAGGCAUUUGGUGGUGAAGAUGAUGAAGACAUUGUUCCCUCUGCGCCAUCAAAGGACAAUGUGGAAGAAACUUGUGAAUCGGUGGUGGAGUCACUUCGAGCUAGAAGAUUACAAACUUCAGAAGUUAAGGUGGAGAGAGUUGUGAUGGUUGAAACAUUGGCAGAUGUUAUUACUGCUGAUAACAAUGGGGGUGUUUCAGUUGCAAAUGCGGAACCAAUAGCUAAUAUCACGAUGAGCCAUGAAGAUGAUCAGAACCGGAGAACAGCAAAUGAGGAACAUGAAGAUGGAGAUGAAGAAGAAGAUGAAGUGCAAGAUGAUGAUGAUGAAUCACCAAGACCCGGUGAAGGAUCCAUAAGAAAGAAGCUUUGGACUUUUCUCACUACAUAACCAUGUCACGUGGAUGAUCUAGGAGAUGUUACUUUCACAUUUAUUUUGUAAAACCAUUUGUAGCUUCGUGGAUCCAAAGAAAACCUUUUGGUAGGGGGUGAAGUACUAAAGUUAGAGAAUUUAGAAGCAGAGGCGUGUGUUUAAAUGAUGUACUUCGUAUUGGCAGAACAUAAAAGCCAGAAUCCAGAAGGAUUAUUAUUGAUUA